AUGGCGGGCGCUUCGCAAGCACCUCCUGUCCAUGAGGCGCUCGCCGAUAUGGAUAGCCAUAUUGCGCGCCUCAAGGACAAGGUCGAGGAGCAGCGAAAGGGCCUGCAGCACUGGCAGCCAUGGGACGCCGAGUAUGAGGCUCUCAAGGAAGAAGUGCAGGCCCUCGCCGAGUCUGCGACAGUCGAGGAUCUGCAGCGGAUACGUGCUGGCUUCGAUGGCGAGCUUCUGGUCGGCAAGGAACUCGAUGAAAUUUUUGGCCAACAACAGCGCUCUCGCGACCAAAUCGUCAACGUCCUGGAUCGACGCAUAGACUACGUCAACCAAAACGUUCGCACCCUGCAAACGCAGCUAGAAAAAACGGAACUCGAAGUUUUAGACGCCGAGGCUUCCAAUGAGCAAGGCGCCGUCGAUGAAAACGGCCCUCCCAUAACGGAAAUCGUCGAGGAACUGGAUCAAGACGACAAUGUUCUGUCCUUUCGCUUAAACCGACCGGGCGAGGCCCUGCCACGUGUCAAGGCUGCGCUUGAAAAGGCCGGCAUUGAUGCUCCAUCAUUAGAACCUCCGUCUUUAAAUCGACAGUCGGGUUCAGCUAGCCCCAGUGUUGCCAAACCUCCGCCUGCCAAGAAGGUCAAGGAGUCCAUACCGGUCACUCCCCAUGAGUCGGAACCAGAUCACGAGGUGACGCCUCCCAUCUCACGAAUGGCGAAGCGCGUAGGUGGCAUCAUGAAGACUGCAAAGCAGCAGGAGAGUAUCAGCAGCCAGCCGGCCAUUAUUCCUGACGACGAGGAUCCCGAUGAUGCAGCCCUUCGCCAACAGAUGCUCAAGUAUAGCAUGGGUGAGAUGGGCGCAGUCGUCGCUGAGCUCAACCUUGAAGAGAAUGAUGACGAUGAUGAUAAUUUUGACGAUGACGAAUGGCUAGAGGGUGAUGGCAUCGACGACGACGACGACGAUGAAGAAGAUGGGGAGGAUAAGUACGGCCGCUUUACCGGCCGCAUGAUUACCGACAAGUACCAAAGACGAAUGCUGGAGCUUGAGACCAAGCUCGGCGUGAAAUCUCGCUUCACCCAGAAAUUGGAGGAGGAAGCUGCGGAGAGGGACUCGGACGACGAUGACGGCGAGGGUAUCGGUCGCAUUCGCAUUCAGCCGAAGCCGAAGCCGUCCUCCUCGGCCUCUCCCUCGGCCGCACCUACAAAAUCCAUCGUCAAGGAGAUGACUUCUGCCAAGAACGAGCCCAAAAAGGGCGUCCGCUUCGCCAAUGAGCUCGACAUUGCCGAUGAGGCGGAGCCAAGCGCAACUCUGCCCGAGUCCAAGCGCGAUAGCGGCAAAGACAUCGUCGAGCCCAUGAGUGAGCUCAUCGUCGAGCGCAAAGCUGCAUCCAAGCCCGCUGCGGCCCCGCCAUCACAGCGGCCCUCGCGGUUCAAAAAGGCCGCGCAGAACCAACCAAGCAUCCCCAAGGGCCCCCUCGAUGUGCCGGCGUCCUUCCUCGCUCAGCACGUGCCGGACGAGGAGGAGCUGCCGGUUCCUACAGGGCCGGAGGGCAGGACCAUUGCCGACACGCUCGUCGAGAAGGGCAGCGUCUCGCGGCCCGCCGGUCCCGCCGUGGUCGACGACAGCAUGAUGGGCGUCGCGGCGGAGCACCAGCGUCUGCGCAGCCGCUUCAUACGCCGCGACGGCGGAGGGUUCCUGCAGGAGGACGAGGGCCCCGUCCAGGAGCUCGACGAGACCGAGGGAGGCGGCCAGCGCGUCAGCCGCUUCAAGGCCGCUCGCUUGUCUCGGCAUUAA